UUGGUUUUUAAAAAUAUGGAGAACUGGAUAAACGAGGAACUGUCCAAAGUAUUAGGUUUUCAAGUACCGGAGGAUUUGGUAAAAUAUAUAACAGAAAUAAAAAGAGAAUCAGAUUUCAAUGAAUACAUGAAGACUCUAUUGGACUUUAGUAAUCAACAGCAUAAAUCUUUUUUUAUUGAGUUGUCCAGAAAGAAAUUUCCUAGUAAAGGUGCUUCACCAGUAAAACAGAAGAAAAAAAUAGCAAAGAGUAAACCUCAACAGGAAUUUGUGACUGUGGAGACUCCCGACGAGGCUUCCAGGCCUGCCGUUCAGGAGGAGACUAAAGAUGGCAAAAAAAAGAAAACCAAAUUUGUGAACCUGUAUUCAAAGGAAGGAAAGAAUGCUCAGGUCAUUUUGCUAAAAGGGCGUCAUGCGUGUGACUGCGAAGCGUCGGUACAUGAGCUGAUUAACAACUGCCUCGAGUGCGGGCGCGUUGUCUGCACACAAGAGGGCUCGGGCCCGUGCCUGUUCUGCGGUGCAUUGGUUUGCACCGAGGAAGAGGAGAAGCAGAUAAACUCGAACUCAACGAGCGGAGUUCAACUGAAAGACUCUUUGAUGGAACGCGAGAAACCGCAGGGCUGGGAAGAGGCAUUGGCUCACAGAAAUAGGCUGCUCGAAUUCGAUCAGAACGGCGAAAAACGUACGCAAGUAUUUGAUGACGACAGCGAUUACUUCAACACGAACAGCGUUUGGAUCGGCGCCGACGAGAAAGAAAAGCUUGAUAAAUAUAAAAAGGAGUUGCAUGAGAAGAAACACGCCUCGCGACUGAGCAAGAAGAUGACGUUCGACUUCGCUGGUCGUCAAAUAGUGGAAGAAAAUACGAUCGAACAUGCAAUAGACAUGGAUAAAAUACAGCAGAUUACGGGCGCGAGCAAACCGCGCGCGCAGCUUCAAUUCAAGAACGAUAUGCUGGUUGAAGGUAGCGGAGGCAGGGAUCUUGCCCCGGGAGUUGAUCCGGUAUUGGUACAAUUCAACGAGACAGUGGAAAAAAAAGAGUACGCUGCAGUGACGCGGCUGCCGGCGGCGGGCAAGGUGCAAGACGCCAUGCUGCAGGAGAUGAGCGAUAUGGGGAAAUGUCUUUCCAUGCACCAACCGUGGGCUUCGCUGCUCGUUGAGGGAAUCAAGAUGCAUGAGGGGCGUACGUGGUAUACGAGCCACCGCGGGCGGCUGUGGAUUGCAUCGACCGCCAAGCCCCCGGAGCCUGACAUCAUUAAAGCAAUAGAAAACCAGUACCGGGUGCUUUAUCCAGAAAAAAAUUUCAAGUUCCCAUCGUUCUACCCAACUGGCUGUCUUCUUGGCUGUGUCAAUGUGGACGACUGCUUGCCGCAGGAGGAGUACAUCAAACAAUACCCCGACGGUGAAAGCGAUAGUCCAUAUGUGUUCAUCUGUUCCAAUCCCAUGAGCUUGAAAUUACGUUUCCCAAUCCAAGGGCAACAUAAGAUAUACGCGCUGGACAAAACGAUUCACAAGGCAGCUGUCAAAUGUUUGCAGACAAUGUCAAAAUAUCUAUCCGAAGAAGCCAAUGCGGGGUAAUAGCACUAUAAAAUUGUUUGUAUUCUGUACGCACGUUAGCA